UUAAAUAUCAAACCCGGAAACGGAAACGUUAAAGUCGGCGGCAGGGGAGUUGUCGAUGUAUUUUGAACUCCGAUGAGGGAAAGGAGAGUUUGAGGAAAAGGCGUGUGGUGAGCUGAUAUAAAGAUGUCUUUGGAGUGCAACUAUGCUUUGCUUCAUACUGGCCAAAAGCUGCCUCUUGUAGGAUUGGGUACGUGGAAAAGUGAAACUGGGCAGGUGAAGGAGGCAGUAAAAUAUGCCCUUAGUGUAGGCUAUCGUCACAUUGACUGUGCUACAGCUUACAGCAAUGAAGCAGAGAUCGGUGAUGCUCUCCAGGAGGCUGUUGGGGAUGACAAGCCCAUUAAGAGGGAAGAGCUGUUCGUGACUUCAAAGCUAUGGAACACCAAGCACCACCCAGAAGAUGUGGAGCCAGCUUUAAAGAAGUCGAUGCAAGAUCUGAAAUUGGAUUACCUGGACCUCUACCUCAUGCACUGGCCACAUGCCUUUGAACGGGGAGACAACCUCUUUCCCAAGAAUCCUGAUGGCACAAUGCGUUAUGACUACAUUGACUACAAAGAAACUUGGAAGGCUAUGGAGAAGCUAGUGGCAAAAGGCCUGGUUAAAGCCAUUGGAUUAUCCAAUUUCAAUAGCCGUCAGAUUGAUGAUGUCAUUGGCAUAGCUUCUGUCAAGCCAGCUGUACUACAGGUGGAAUGUCACCCUUACCUUGCUCAGAAUGAACUGAUAGAUCAUUGCCAUCAGCGUGGGCUGGUGGUAACAGCUUAUAGCCCUCUGGGUUCACCUGAUCGGAUGUGGAAGCACCCAGGUGAGCCGGUUUUGAUGGAAGAACCUGGAAUAAAAAAGCUGGCAGAAAAAUACAGGAGGUCUCCUGCUCAGAUUCUUCUCAGAUGGCAAGUGCAGCGCAAAGUGGUCGUCAUUCCUAAGAGUGUAACCUCUGCACGCAUACUCCAGAAUCUCCAGGUGUUUGACUUCAGUCUAACAGCUGAAGAGAUGAGCUUUAUUCAGAGUCUGAAUAAGAACUGGCGAUAUAUUGUUCCAAUGGUUACGGUUGGGGGCAAAUUGGUUGCAAGGGAUGCUGGACAUCCCCUCUAUCCCUUCAAUGAAUCUUAUUAACUCUAAUAACUUGGAAGACAGAAGAAAAGAACUUCACUCAAGAUUGUUGUGCGUUAGAUUUAAAAAAAUAGCUAAUGUCUCUAGGAGUUUAAUCUUUUUUAAUUGGUAGAUGUUUAUAAAGAAAUGAAUAGUAGUAAUAUAGAUCUUAAAGCUCAUGAUUUAAAAAAAAUCUGUAGGACCUAAAGGAAGUAUAAAUAUCGGUCUUCAUCUUUCUUUACAUAACUGGGCCAAGAUCUUUGCUGGAAACUAUUAAUACACAUGGCUGGUAAAGGGAUAUAUUGGAAGAGAUAUGUGUAGGUGCUAAAAAUAAAAAAUGUACAAGUUUAUAAGUCCCAUCUUGACCCAAAGUUAGUGAAAUUAUGCUUAUGCUAUGAUAGCAAUGUUAGGUAGUUUACCCUGAAAUGUGUUCCAAUAGUACAAGACUGCUUGCAGUGAACAUAGUUUGAAUUCACUAAUAGGCAAAAAAAACCUUGCCGUUUAAGAACUUACCUGUAGCCAACAGUUAUUUCUAUCAAACGUUAAAAAGCAGGGAAAUUGGCCAGCUAUAGUGAAUGCACCAGGGGAGCAGGAGACCUGACCUCCUCCCUGAGAAUAUUGUACUGCCCUACAAAUUGGGUUGGUCUUUCACAGUCCAAUCCACUUUUUUUAACUUUUAAACUGCAGAAGAUGAAGGUCAGAGUAUGGGGCAAGGUCAGUGAUAGGAUUACAGGUACUCUGUGAACAUGGCUGAUUUUAAAUUAAUUUCAACGAAUUAUGAGACCACUGACAAGAAAAAUAGUCCACAAGGGGUCUAGUUUUUUCUCUCUUUUUAGACUUUGAAUUCUUGUAUUUUGUGUAUCGCCAUGAAAAUUUAGAGGGUUGUUAAGCAAGUGUUUCUGAGUUCAGGACUAUAAGUUUUCUAAGGUUUUGUUUUGAAAUGAGUUUAUGGGCAGCAUCAUAACGGCAUGGGGGUAUUUUCAAUUUAACAUUGCGGAAUGUGAAAAAUCCAUGCUGGCUAUAGUAUACAGCCACUCUUGUGUCUGUAUAAACAGAAUGUGCUUGAUAUUGCUACUGCUGUUAGUGCUAAAUGGAAAACACUGCUUUCUGACCUUCUGUCUUAACUGAAUAAUCUGCACUGUAUGAACCCUUAAUAGGAUAGUUUAAAACACCCUUUUCACUCUU